AUGGACCCACCGAAACCGUCGCAGCCGCAACCACCACCACCACCUCAACUUCACCAAAGCGACGCUGACGAAGAUGAUGAGACCGUCAAGCAGCUCAAAGAGUGCUCCUCUGUCUACUUGGCGUUACAGGAUUGUCUUGUCAAAACCGACCGGAGUUGGAAGUCUUGCCAAAAGGUGGUAGUGCUAGAUAUCUCCAUUUUUGAGGUUCAGUUUUGGCAUGAACAGGCAGAAUUUGUGUUUUCAAUGGACAUUCUUUUUGUAUGUAUUUUUUCAUUGAAAUCAGUGGCACAGGUUAGUUGGCCGGAGUAUGGAACAUAUCAUAUCGGACUCUUCAAUAUAUUAAGUGGUUUGAUUGGAAAGAGUUGGAGAGGAUUGAUACUUGGAGAACAGCCAAACCCGGAGUAG